AUGAUCAAACCGGUUCAAGAUGUAUCAAUUGAGUUGAGUAAUCUAGAUGAGAAGGGGGAAUCUGCCAAGCUCAAGGAAGAUGGAGGACACAGAAGUAUAAGUAGUGCUGCAGCAAAACGGCCAAAACUGGAGGAAGUUGUUAUUAACGCAUAUCAGAUUCAUCAUCAGCCAAAAAUAUUCCUUCCAAAGUGGGAGAUCAUAUUUACAGUAGCAUCUGCAUUUGCUGUGUUCGUUGAUCCUUUGAGCUGCUACGUUCCCGUCAUCAUCGACGAUAGCACGUGCUACUAUUGGGACCAAACCUUGAUGUGGACAUUUUUCGCCUUACGAUCGGCCGGCGAUCUAUUUUAUGGAAUGGACAUUUUAGUUUUCAUAAAGCGACGUCGAGGCAAUGUUAAUGCCAAGCCAUUUGGGGCCUCCUGGACAAAGCAUUUUGGCGGUCAUGAUUCCACAAUUUGGAAGGUGUUGAAUGGCCAGAAAUCACUUAGGUUCUUAGGCAUUCUACCUCGCAUUUGUGCUGCUUUUCCCAUUCUACAGGCAAUCAUAUUGAUUGGAAAAUACACAUACCUUGAUAACAGUAAUCUUUUUUAUCUAAUUCCAAUCCAAUAUACUCUACGUGCUUAUAACCUCUACCGAUGGCUCGAUCGGCAUGCUAACUUAGAGACCGCAGUAAAAAGAUUGCUUAAAGCUGCUCUGGACUUCCUUCCAUUCAUCCUUACUGCUCAUCUAUUCGGAGCCUUGUGGUACUUUUUUGCUGUGGACCGAAAGAUAGUUUGCUGGCAGGAGCAUCUCUGCGAUUAUGGUAUAUAUCUAUACGCUCUCCAAUCUAAUAUGACAAGCUCAAGAGAUCUUCCAGUGAAGAUGUUACAAUGUAUUUGGUGGGGCUUGCGAAAUCUGAGUUCUUUUGGUUCAAACCUACAGACCAGUUUCUUUAAGGACGAAAUCAUCUUUUCGAUUGUGAUCUCUAUAAGUGGCUUGGCACUAUUUUUAGUAUAUCUCAAUUCAAGGGUGCAGGGGUCGAAAAAAGUGUCAAAUCAGCUUAAAUUGCAACAGAAGAUUGAAACGAUAUAUCCAGACAUAAUAGAGCAAAUGCGUAAUAUGUGCCGUCUCGGCUUGGCUUCACUAAAGAAAGUGCCGUUGCUUGAAAGUACAGAUGAGAAAGUGUUAAAAGCAAUCUGCGAGUAUCUUAAGCCGGUAACUUAUGGUGAGGAUGUUUAUAUCAUUCGGGAGGGAGAACCACUUCGAAAGAUGUUUUUCAUCACACGAGGCACAGCAUUGACCUACACACCUAUUAAGGGUGGAACAAAUGUGUGCAAGUGCCUUGAGAAAAGUGAUUUUCAUGGAGAAGAACUUCUAAAUUGGGCAUUCAAAUUGUGCUCAUUUUCAGAGUUACCUAUCUCCACUACAAAUCUUAUGUCCCAAACGAAAGUUGAAGUAUUUUCAAUUAGGGCCAACCACUUGAAGUCAAUUGUUGCUCAAUUUUGGUGGUAUUUUCGGAGGGAGCUUUCUCGUUCUCAAUUGGAGUAUUUUGCAGCUUCUUCCAUACAGGUAUUCUGGCGCCGCCAUCGUGCAAAGGCUAAGGGCCCAACUGAAUGGGACAAACUUACAUUAAAUUAG